GGAGCUCAGCCCGCCGCUGCAGUUGCGGCGGGAGGUGGUGGCCGCGGGAGCCGGAGCGAGGGCUGUUCUUCUGCCAAGAUGGCUUCCAAAAGGAGAACUUUGAGCUGCAGUGAAGGGCAUCAGAAAUUAGUAGAUAUAAACUACUGCAAAAAAUUACAUGUUGAGGCACUAAAAAAGAUAGAGAAUCAAAUCAGGGACCGAAUGGUGCAGAAUCAAAUUGCUGACCGUGUCGAGCGCCAGAGAUUCCUCAGAUUACUACAGAAUGAACAAUUUGAGUUGGAUAUGGAAGAGGCCAUUCAAAAAGCAGAAGAAAACAAAAGGUUGAGGGAACUCCAGCUUGAACAAGAAGAAAAAUUGGCUGUGGAAUUGGCAAAACUAAAAAAUGAAAGUCUAAAAGAUGAGAAGAUGAGGCAACAAGUAAGAGAAAACAGUAUUGAGCUCAGAGAAUUGGAGAAGAAAUUAAAAGCAGCUUACAUGAAUAAAGAAAGGGCAGCUCAGAUUGCUGAAAAGGAUGCCAUUAAAUACGAGCAAAUGAAACGUGAUGCUGAAAUAGCCAAAACCAUGAUGGAAGAACACGAGAGAGUAAAAAAGGAAGAGAAUGCUGCAGAGGACAAACGAAAUAAAGUAAAAGCACAGUACUAUCUUGACUUAGAGAAACAGCUUGAAGAACAAGAAAAAAAGAAGCAGGAAGCUUAUGAGCAGUUGCUAAAAGAGAAACUCAUGGUUGAUGAAAUUGUUAGGAAAAUCUAUGAAGAAGAUCAAUUAGAAAGACAACAAAAGUUAGAAAAAAUGAAUGCAACUCGAAGGUAUAUAGAAGAGUUUCAGAAAGAGCAGGCUCUCUGGAGAAAAAAGAAGCGUGAGGAGAUGGAAGAAGAAAAUAGAAAAAUCACAGAGUUUGCCAACAUGCAGCAACAAAGAGAAGAAGAUCGGAUGGCAAAAGUUCAAGAAAGUGAACAAAAAAGGCUACAGCUUCAGAAUAUGCUGACUCAGAAACUGGAAGAAAUGCUGAGGCAACGUGAAGAUUUGGAACAAGUGCGACAAGAAUUAUACCAGGAAGAACAAGCUGAAAUGCAUAAGAGGAAACUAAAAGAAGAAGCAGAAGAGAAAUUGAGAAAGCAAAAGGAGUUGAAGCAAAAUUUUAUAGAACAAAUGGCCUUGAAGGAACUAGUACUACAGGCUGCAAAAGAGGAAGAGGAGAUCUUCAGAAAAGCUAUGCUAGCUAAACUUGCUGAGGAUGAUAGAAUAGAAUUAAUGAACGCUCAGAAACAAAGAAUGAAGCAGCUCGAACACAGGAGGGCUGUGGAAAGACUUAUUGAGGAACGUCGCAACCAAUUCCUUGCAGACAAACAACAGGAACUGGAAGAAUGGCAGUUGCAGCAAAGACGACAAGGAUGUAUUAAUGCAAUUAUUGAAGAAGAAAGACUAAAACUUCUCAAAGAACAUGCUUCAAAAUUACUAGGAUAUCUCCCUAAAGGAGUAUUUAAAAAAGAGGAUGAUAUUGAUAUGCUUGGUGAAGAGUUUAGGAAAGCAUAUCAGGAAAGGAGUGCAAUUUGUGAAGAGAAGUGAUAUCACCAAGAUUUGGUAAAAAACCUGGAUUCUUUUGUAUGUUAC